GAACAAUCAUGGGAAACAAGACUGCAGUCAGUUACUCUAAAGAAGAGCUUGAAUCUUUCAGAAUUGCUACAGUAAAAAGAAGCAAUGAAGAAGGGGCUAGCCUCUAUGACCUCUUCUUGUCAACAAAAAGCAAGAGCGAGGACUCAGUUAAUCUUACGAACUUCAAAGAAAUCUUCGUGAUGCCACACGAUGAUUAUAAGCAAGCUCCAAAGGAUGGAAAGAUCACCUGUGACUUUGUCAUUAAAUUUGACUACUUCAUUUGUAUCAAGAGAACAAAAGAAAGCUUGUAUAAUAAGUACAAAGUGCACACAGAGUCCCAACAAUUAGCUGAGAGUACAGAAUACACACCAGAGAAAGAAGAGAUGAAAUUAAUUUUUAUUCACUCAGAUUUUAAACAGGAGUGUCUCUAUUUUGAAGAUAGAGAAGAAUUUGAAGAGACUGAGGAACUGUUUAAGAGCGUUAAUAAUGUCAAAGGAAGGAAAAUAGCCGUCCUUGUUAACCCAGUCUCUGGGAAAAGACUAGCUAGGAAGUACUUCAGAGAGAUUCUUUCCCCUAUUUUGAACAUAUCUGGGAUUACUUAUGACAACUUCAUGACUGAUUCUUCAACUUAUGUUGAAGAGUGGGUGAAUCUAUACGAAAAGGAUUCGUUCCCUUACACAGAUAUCAUCUGUAUAGGAGGAGAUGGAUUGUUUAGUCAGCUAGUUAACGCAUUAGGAAAGAGUCCUAAAUCCAAGGAGCUACUCAAAAUCCCAAUUGGACUACUUCCAUGUGGAUCUGCAAACGCUAUUUGUUGAGAUCUUGGUGGUAAAGAUGUCUACCAAGCCUGCAUUAAUAUCAUCAGAGGGGUCACAGUUAAAGCAGAUAUACUCAAAGUGAAAUUUAAAGAGCAAGAGGAAUCUAUCUAUGCCACCUCCAUGCUUUGGGGUAUCACAGGCGACAUCGUACAUAAAGCAGAGAAAUGGAGAAGGUGUUUAAAAUCAGCAAGAUAUGCAGUUUGAGGGGCUAAAACUUUAUUAUGCUCUUGUAGCCUUAAGAACUAUAAGUGAAAAAUCGAGUUUAAGAAUACGAAAAAAGACCUGGACAGCCAAAGCUAUUACUUUGAAGAAGGCAGUAAAGUCUGAGACUCCACGGAUAAAACUUCUAAGAAUUCUGAUGCUAAAUCAGAUCGGACAUCUAAAAAUGACAAAGAUGGCUGGAAAACUUAUGAAAAUGAUGAAUUCACUUUCUUCUGAGUCACAACUCAUGAAUGAAGGAGCUCAAUUAAUAAGAAAGAAAUUUUCAUGCCUCCAAUCAGGAUAAAUGAUGGUACGAUGAGGUUAGGAUGUUUGAAAAGAUGCGGAAAAGUGAAAAUGCUAAAAUUUCUUAGCAAAUUUUCUUCUGCUAAACAUCUAGAAUACAAAAUGUUUGAGGAGUUUGAAGUUUCAGAGCUUAAGCUUAGUCCAAUCGUGAACUCUUAUUUCAACAUUGAUGGUGAGAUCUAUCCUAACGAUGAAGCUCAUGUGAAGCUUCUCCCUUCUUAUUUAAAUUUAAUUGGAAAACUCCAUGAGAAGUAAAUGGACUGUUUUUCCAUUUUGUUUCGUCACAUAAUAUAAUUUCAAUAUGAUUCAUUUGAG